GGCCAUCUUGAAGGCCCAGGAGGCGGUGCCGCUCAGGAGGGAGCGGAAGUGCUCGGCUGCGUCUUCCCGGACCGAGCGAAGCGCCGGCGCGGCAGCCACUCGCGUCCUCCUUCCCGCGGCCCUCGGGAGACCGCGCUCGGCCGCAGUGGACCGCGAGUAUGUCAGAAGGUGACAGUGUGGGAGAUUCCGUCCACGGGAAACCUUCUGUGGUGUACAGAUUCUUCACAAGACUUGGACAGAUCUAUCAGUCCUGGCUCGACAAGUCUACGCCGUACACGGCUGUGCGAUGGGUGGUGACGCUGGGCCUGAGCUUCGUCUACAUGAUCCGAGUUUACCUGCUGCAGGGUUGGUACAUCGUGACCUACGCCUUGGGAAUCUACCAUCUAAAUCUCUUCAUAGCUUUCCUUUCUCCAAAAGUGGAUCCUUCCUUAAUGGAAGAUUCAGAUGAUGGCCCCUCGUUACCAACCAAACAGAAUGAGGAGUUCCGGCCCUUCAUUCGAAGGCUCCCGGAGUUUAAGUUUUGGCACGCAGCGACCAAGGGCAUCCUGGUGGCGAUGGUCUGCACCUUCUUUGAGGCAUUCAACGUCCCGGUGUUCUGGCCCAUCCUGGUCAUGUACUUCAUCAUGCUUUUCUGUAUCACGAUGAAGAGGCAAAUAAAGCACAUGAUCAAGUACCGGUACAUCCCGUUCACGCACGGCAAGAGAACGUACAAGGGGAAGGAGGACGUGGGCAAGACGUUCGCCAGCUAGACGCGGCCGCCCUCCGCGGGCCCUGGACGGCUGCAAGUUGCUGUGACGCCGUCUUCUUUCCUCACAUAAAGUAGUUGAUUACAAGGGAGUUAUUUUCUUUUUAAAAAGGAGCUUCAAUCAUUUGUAACUGAAAUAUCAGGUUCUUGAAGAAACUGGCAUUUAAACCGAA